GCAUCAACAAGUAUUGUGGUGAAAAGUGAUAUCAUCUUUUAACAAGGAAGUUGCUGGAAAUUUUCGACCCUGGAUGAAUAGCGUUCAAGAGAAUUAGUUUCAUUUCCUUUACUUUCGUUUUGAUUGUCUCUGCGGCUGUAUAAAUGCCGAUGUUGGAAAUUUGAGGCAUUCAGUUUGUCAUAUGGUCCAAGCCCGAAGAGUAAACGAUUCUCGAGAUAGACUGAAAAGAGAGAAUUUUGGAAACUUCUGAGCCAAGCUGUAUUGAAGAGGACAAAGAUCAUCUGCAUUUCGGUUCUACAGUAACUCUCGAAGAAGAAUAUGUGCAGAUCUGGCAUGAUGCUGACUGGCAUUGUUGCUAUUCUUGUAAUCGGAUGCACGGUUGCUUAUCCUACUACUGAUGUUGACGAAACUGGGAAUGAUUUUGUGAACUGUAUGGCAAGAUGUCUCGGGAAAUCCGUCGCAGACAUUGAGAAAUGGAUGGCAGAAUGCGGAAGGGACCCGAAAUGCUGGGGCAAAAAAGUUGGAUUCGCCGCCCUAAAAUGCGUUCCAAAAUGUGUGUCGUUUGAAGUAGAAUUUAUGGAACUUGAAGAAUCUACGGAACGCCAAGAACAACACGGGCUAGACGACGCACUCGCAGUUGCACCGUUUGUGAAAUGCAUGGCCAGUUGUCUCGGGAAAUCUGUCGCUGAUAUAGAGAAGUGGGUCAAGCAAUGCGGAAAGAGUGCAAAAUGUUGGGCAAAGAAAGUCGGUCUCAAGGCAUUAAAAUGUGUCCCAAAAUGCCUGAAAUUAGAUGAGGUCUUCCCCGCUGUAGAACAUACAAAUGACCAAGGACACGACCUGGAUACAGUGGACGCCACGCCAUUCGCGUUAGAUGACGCAUUCACAGUUGCACCGUUUGUGAAAUGUAUGGCCAGUUGUCUCGGGAAAUCCGUCGCUGAUAUAGAGAAGUGGGUCAAGCAAUGCGGAAAGAAUGCAAAAUGUUGGGCAAAGAAAGUCGGUCUCAAAGCAUUGAAAUGUGUCCCCAAAUGUCUGAAAUUUGAUGAGAUUUCCCAUCCUGAAGCAACGGAAUUAGAAAUAUCAUACGCCGAUUUGGCGCCAGUCGUAGACGUCCCUUCAAACGAUCGUUUCGCCAAUUGCAUGGCCAAAUGUAUGGGAAAGAGUAUCGAUGACAUCGAGAAAUGGAUCUCUGAGUGUGGUACUGAUGUUAACUGUUGGUUGAAAAAGGCUGGAUUCGCAGCGUUGAAAUGCGUACCGAAAUGCAUCACCGUCCAAGUAACGUUGAUUCAAACCGACCUAAUGUUUGUGACGUCAGAAGAUAUUAAAUCAAAUGGCUUUGGACAAUGUAUGGCUGAUUGCGCUUCGAAAAGUCUUGAACAGAUUCAGAAGUGGAUCGUUGAAUGCAACAUCAAUUGGUCGUGCUGGAUUCAGAAAAUUGGAUUCGCCGCGGCGGAAUGUCUUACAAAAUGUGGACUCGGUGACAAAAACAUCAAUCCUCAACAAAUCACUAGAAUUCAAGAAUCUGCCAAGGACAGUGCAAUCGCGCCAUUUGUUACGUCACCGAACAACAGGUUCGCAGAUUGUCUGGCUAAAUGUGUCGGCAAGUCCGUGGCCGAAAUCGAACGCUGGAUUGCAGAGUGUGGCACAGAUGUCAACUGCUGGUUGAAAAAGCUCGGGUUUUCUGCUUUGAAAUGUGUACCUCGAUGCAUCAAGAUGGAGAUAUCAUCAGUCCAGGUUGAACUCGAAAUAGCGAGCACAACUAGCGAAGAGGAUCAACGGGCUCUAUUGGGAAUCAAAAAAGUCGGCUCGAGCAGAUUCGAGAAAUGCAUGGCGCAGUGUCUGGGGACAUCUAUCGGUGAAAUAGAACAGUGGGUGUCGGAAUGUGGCUCUAACGUAUCGUGCUGGUUGAAGAAGGUUGGAUUUGCUGCGUUGAAAUGCGUUCCAAAAUGCAUCCAAACCUCUGAUGAACAGUACACUGUUAAGACUGAUAUACUUCCUAAUCUUUGGUAUGGAGAAAAAAAGGAUAAUCAUAUUAUGUUUUAA